AUGCUGCUGGGGCUGACUCUCUGCCUCCUGUGGAGCGCCACCUGCUGGGCAGAGCAGAUGUAUGGGGUCGGAGGAGGCACAUAUUUCAGCACCUCCAGUGACUGUGAAAUCACCGGAGUCCGGGUGGCCGUGGGUCUCAUUGGCCUGGUGAAGAGCAUCCAGGUGCGAUGUGGCAACUCCUGGGGCCCGGUGUUUGGCGCCUCGGGUGGGAUGACCCAGGAGUUCCUCCUGCAGCCGGGAGAACACAUCGAUACCAUCUCUGGCUCCUACAGGGUGUUUAUCCGGUUCCUGUUCAUAUCCACAGACUGGGGGCGCUAUGCCACGUUUGGGCGGGAAAGUGGCAACACCUUCUUGGCCGGUGGGGAUGGGAAGGUGCUCACAGGAAUCUGUGGUCAGCAUAAGAUUUUAGGCCUUUCGGGCCUCUGCUUUCACUGGGACUACCCUCCCGAGGAGGAGGAGACCACUGCAUCACCCCCUACCUCGACUGCAUGCAAGUAGGGCUCCCGGUGAGCCGAGGGGGCUGAGGGGAGCUGAGUUGACCUCAGCUGGAAUCUGGCAAUAAAUAAUGCUUCUGCGAGAACGGC